CCCUAGUCUGGGAACCUCCAUAUGCUGCUGGAGUGGCCCUAGAAAAGGCAAAAAGACAAAAACAAACAAACAAACAAAAAAAAGUCUGGAAAGAAAAAGGCACAGUUAGUUGCUAGCAUGGGCUACCUGGGAGGAAGGGCGGGAUGAGUGUGAUGACAAGCCGAGACGGGAAGGAGCGAAAAAGGAGGGGUCUGGGGGAGAACCUGACGUGUAAAACGAUGCCCCCCAUGGUGUAAAAUCAGUUCAUGCCUUUACAGGUGUAUCUAGUAUGAUGCAUGAAAAGCCAGGCACUGAAACAGCCAUGCAGGUGGUAUCAGUUGGGAUUCUUACGCCACCACGAUGAGGACCGCCUUCACACCCAAGAUGGGAGAGGUGCCUGCUUUAAUUCGUCAAAAAAGUACCAGAAGAUUUGGAUAUGCAUACUCACUUAGUGAUCCCAUUCCCAAUCAGACACAGUACAACGAUGAGUAUGUUUGGAAAGCAUAUUCGAAAGAAGAUUCAGUCAACACUGGGACUUCAAGAGGAGUCAAGAGGCAGAAAUUUCACCCCAGUCAAGACCUCUUUGUCUGGACACUACCUCAAGGUCCACCCACAGCAUCAGUGAAGAGCUACUUCCCUUGGAAAAUCGCUGCUUCAAUGGACGAGGUUAGGAAGGCAAUAUCAGAUCAGUUUACUUCCCAGACAAGAAGAGACUUUGUGGACAGAACGACAGCUCAGAAGAUUAAGCAACAUUCUCAGAUGUUUUCGGAAUGGAAAAAGUUACUUCCCCAUCCUGCAGACACUGAAUUUCGACGAAAUUACCAAAUUCCAGCUAAAAUUCCUGAACUUCAGGAUUUUAGUUUCAAAUAUGGAUGCUAUUCAAGCCUACCCAUUGCGUCUAAGGGUCUAGUCCCUUCCGUGCUGCACAGCCACAUGAGGAACCAAGAGCGCACAAAGAAGCAGACCACAUACCAGAGUGAUUACGGGAAAGCCUGUCUGGAUUUCUUAACAGUUUUGAACUCAUUUACUCCCUCUCAAAUCACAGAGUACCUUCAGAGAGUUUCCCACAAAGACAGACAGAUUCUUGAUCGCUUUAUUUGCUCUCACUAUGAUGUUGACAAAGGGAUGGAUAAACAAGGAAAACAGUGCAAAUGAAGAAAAUCUGAAGGUAACUGGUUUAUUUUUCUCAAUAAUCAAGGAAAAAUAAGAUCUGGAUUGUUCUAAAAUUUCAUCGUGACUUUGUGUAAUUUUGUUUUGUUUUCUUUUUAAACAAUAGGAUCGUUUAAGGCUGCAAAUCAUCCCCUCCCACCCAUCACCUGCCCACCCCCAACAUAACUUUAACUGUAUCCAAUAAGUUUUUUCCCCUUUUUAUUUUGUUUUUUAGGGCCGCAUCUGCAGCAUAUGGAAGUUCCCAGGCUGGGGGUCGACUCAGAACUGCAGCUGCCCAUCUACACGACAGCCACAGCAACUUGGAAGCUGAGCGGCAUCGGCAACCUACACCAAGUAUAAGAUUAAUUUGUGUAUUACAUGAAUAUCAGAGGAAAAAAUGUAUAGUUUAUUGUAUUUUUCAAGUCCCUGCUAUCAUUGCUUUAAUUGUAUAUUUGAACUGUCAAAUUCUGAGGCAAUAAUAUUAAAAACAUUCCACAAUAAAAAUGUUUUUAUCAAUG